AUGGAUGUGGCCACUGGUACAGCUUGGGGCACACCGGGGCAGGCGGCAUAUGAUUUUCGCUCAGAUUAUGUUACAACUCCCAACGCAGCUAUGCUCCAGUCAAUCAUAAACACAAGCCUUCUUGACGACGUCAUGAUGGAGGAUCCUACUACAAACUCUUUCCAGGUUUUCAUGGCGGGGAUUACCGGUCACGAGGACUCCCUCCUCGUUCUAUCGGGAACUAUGGGUAAUCAAGUUGCCCUUCGCUCUGCUUUAUGUUCUCCACCUUAUAGCAUCCUUUGCGAUAUUCGCAGUCAUAUCAUACGAAUGGAAGCAGGAGGUGCGGCCACAUUAUGUGGAGCAUUUAUGGAAGGAAUCGCACCUUCUAAUGGACAUCAUCUCACCCUUGAUGAUGUGAAGAAGCAUGCAACAGUUCGAGAGGAUGUUUAUGAUUGCCCAACACGAGUCAUCAGCCUAGAGAACACUCUUUCAGGAACUAUCAUGCCACUUGAAGACAUUCGCGCAAUAUCCAAUUGGGCACAUAGUUCAGAUCCGCCCAUUCACAUGCAUUUAGACGGUGCUCGUCUCUGGGAAGCUGUGGCCGCUGGAGCAGGUAGCCUGAAAGAUUAUGCUUCGUGCUUUGAUAGCUUGUCGCUAUGCUUCACGAAGGGGCUAGGAGCGCCGAUAGGAUCGAUCGUCAUCGGGAGUUCAUCCUUUAUCAAACGUGCCCGGUGGAUGCGCAAGCUGCUUGGCGGGGGAUUACGCCAAGCCGGGGUCAUUGCCGCCCCUGCGAGAAUCGCUGUCGAACAAAUAUUUCUAAGCGGACGUCUUCGCGAAGGUCAACAAACCGCGAAAAGGAUUUCCGAGAUGUGGGCUAAGAUGGGCGGUAAAUUACAACAUCCGACCGAGACCAAUAUGAUUUGGCUAGAUCUUGAAGCUGCAGGUGUAGAUAAGGAUCACUUCGCCGACAUGGCCGAAAAUGUAGGGAUAAAGACAAUGCGAGGCCACUUGCAAGGACGGCUAGUUGUCCACUAUCAGAUAUGUCCAGACGCUUUGGAUUCCUUAGCUUCUCUGUUUGCCGAAAUCCACAAGGCACUGUACACCAAGACUGUUCAUGGAAACUUGUAA